CCUGCCGUUCUUCUCUCCUCUUCUCAUUCCCGUCGCCAUGGCCACCAACCUCCCACUGCUGGCAUUCAACGAUGUUUACCGCGUUGUCCAACGUUACGUGCCCCAGCCCGGCUGCGAUGUUGAGGGGCCGCCCGACGCUGAAAUCGGCGUCGGCCAGUUCGGCGAGCUCAUCAACACGCUGCGCAAGAAGUGGAGCACACAGGAGAACGGGACAUUGAACGGUCUCGUACUCUUUGCCGGGGACGUUUUCAAUCCAUCCAUGGAGAGCAGUGUGACCCGUGGAAGCCAUAUGGUGCCUAUCCUCAACGAGCUCAAACUUGACGCCGCAUGCAUUGGCAAUCACGACUUUGACUUUGGCUACCCACACAUGACCAAACUCGUCGGUGACACCAACUUCCCCUGGCUCCUCAGUAACAUCGUCGAUACAAAUACUGGUACAACGCCGGUUCCGCUGCACAAAUUCGUUGUGACGGAGCGGUGUGGUGUACGCAUCGGCCUUGUGGGUUUGGUAGAGGAGGACUGGAUCGCUAUCAUCCCCUCCUGGCCCAACAAUUUCGCUUACCGACCUAUGAAGGAGGUCGGACUGGAGCUGUCCAAAGAACUGCGUGAUCCCAAAGGGCCUCACCGCGUUGACAUCAUCAUUGCGAUCACUCACUCCCGCGUGCCCAACGACAUCAAGCUCGCAAAGGAGCUCGGCGCAGUGUCAAAUCGUGACACGCAGAACGAGCACGGUAUCGAUCUUAUCAUUGGUGGACAUGACCAUAUAUACUACAUUGGCAAGGGUGCCGACUCAUGGGAGGGGUUUGCCGGCCUUCGUGAUAAACCAGGGACGAGAGAGGACGAUGGUGUCCGCCUCAUCAAGAGUGGCACGGACUUCCGCGACCUGAGCGAGGCAUGGCUUGAGCUCUCUCCCCCGAACGAGAACGCUGUCCGCAGGCGUGUUAUCACCGCCCUGACCGGCAAGCACCACUAUGUGACGCCGGCCUCACCCACGUCCCCGGAGCUCGAUAAGCUUGCGAACAACCUUCUCGAGUCUGUCAACAAGACGCUCAAACAGCCCGUUUGCUACACCAUCACGCCUUUCGACGCGCGCUCUGAAGUCGUGCGCACACAAGAAAGCGCUCUUGGUAACUGGGCCGCGGACGUGUUGCUCCACGCCUACGACGAGAGUCUAGUGGAGAAGAACACGCGUAUUCAGUUCGAAAAAGGCGAAGGCGACAAGGAAAGCCUGGCGCUCAAGGAGGGCGCAGAUGCUGUCAUUAUCUGCGGCGGGACGCUACGCGGCGACUCUCAAUACGGCCCCGGGACCAUCACGCUUGGCAACAUUCUGGAGAUCUUCCCCUUCGACGAUCCAGUUGUGUGUCUCGAGAUCGACGGGAAGGGCAUCUGGGAUACACUGGAAAGCGCGCUGUCCCGCUGGCCGGCUCAGGAGGGCCGCUUCCCCAUAGUAUCCGGACUGGCUGUGGACUGGGACCACCGCAAGCCGCCUGGCAAGCGCAUCAACAGCAUUCACCUCACUGUGCAGACGACGGAACAUAAGGACGACGACCAUGACCCAAGCGCCAAAGUCACGUUCGUUGAGCAGCCUGACGGGACCCGCAUCGAGAUCAAGCAGGCGGAGGUCACGCUCGGGGAGGAGAUCAAGAACGUGGAAGGCGGGCGGAUGUACUCUGUCAUUACACGAGAAUACAUGGCGCAGGGCUUUGAUGGCUUCGAAGCGCUCAAGGACCGCCGGAUGAUCGUUGACCACGAGGUGGGACAGAGCAUGAGCUCGAUCAUCCGCUCGUUCCUGCUCGGGUCAUCCUUCAUCUUCAGAAUGAAGCAGCUCGCCGACGCGCACCACGACCACGUUGACCACAUUUGCUCGCGCACGCUCAACGUCCUGAAGCGCCACAGAACUCUGCACCGCUCCCCUGAAAACUCGGUUGCGAGCUCGCCCGUCAAGGCCAUGUACGGGCACCGCUUCGUGGACUCUCCCACUGCCUCACCGGUCCAGACGCACUUCAUGAGCGUUGACACCGAAGAGGAAGAAGGCAUGACGGCCUCACUCACGGCGUCCACCUGGGUCAGUCUCCGACGCCAUGUCAUCGAGCACGACUGGGUUACCAUCCGCGAGGCGAUGCACAUGGCCAAGCACGAGCACAUGAGCGACGUGGAUCCAUGCGAUGGCCGGCAUCUUCGUCGCAAGACGAUUUUGAACAUCGGCGACAAGACGCCGCGCACCGCCACACCAACGCCGGGCAUGCUGGUGGACGCGAAGCGCAAAGCUGAGCUCAAGGACCUCGGGUCAGAUGUUGCCAUCGUCUCGCCCCAAGUCGAUGGUCGCAUGCGGGACAUCGCAGCCGACCAGCACGAAUAAGGGCGGUGUCCACGUCCCAUACUGGUGUCGUAAUUGCAUGCAUCCAUGUAUUAGAUCUCCUUCCACCCCGAGUCGAAGCCGCGGGGGCCAGCCCCUCCCAACCCCGCAGAGACGAGGCCGAGGCCAAAGACGCUGGCAGACGCCCGAGAACCAGCCCCCCUCUUCGCGCUCCGUCAUGCGCUUUUUCCGGGGCGCAGCCGUCUCCUCGGUAAUGAUCCGCCAUAAUGCCUCGACAAUACCGACGUAGUCGCGCUCGCGCAGCGGCACCACACUGCGGAAGU